UAUUAGAGAGUGAUGUAAAUGGUCUGCAAGAUAAUACCAUAAGAAAUACCACAAGGCUCAAAUACCGUGAGAAAAAUCAAUACAGCUUUGCACUGGAAACUAUAUGUUUUUCGCUAGUUAUAGCUAAAUGUUGCACCAGAAUGUUUUUAGUAUUUUAAUAUUGAUCUAACUGUCAGCCUGUCUUCUUACUGUUGUUGCUGUUUUCAGGUCAGAUCAUGCAGACUCUGGAGCGCUUAAACUUGAAGGACAACACUCUAGUGUACAUGACCUCAGAUCAGGGGCCUCACCUGGAAGAGAUUUCAGUCCACGGAGAGAUGCAUGGGGGCUAUAGCGGCAUAUACAAAGCUGGCAAGUCAACUAACUGGGAAGGAGGAAUCCGAAUUCCGGGCAUUCUUAGUUGGCCAGGUGUCUUACCCGCCGGGAAUAUCAUCGAUGAGCCCACUAGUAACAUGGAUAUUUUCCCUACGGUCUUGAAUUUAGCUGGUGCUUCCAUACCCGAUGACAGAGUCAUCGAUGGUCAUGAUCUUUUGCCACUUCUGCAAGGGCAAGUGAAGCGUUCUGAACAUGAACUCUUGUUUCAUUACUGCAAUGCUGAACUGAAUGCUGUCAGAUGGCGCCCACCCAACAGUAGUGCAAUUUGGAAGGCCUUUUUCUUUACCCCUGACUUCUACCCAAAGAACAGCUCGGCAUGUUUCCACACUCAUGUCUGCUUCUGCAUCAAGCCAUUCGUCACGUUUCAUGAUCCUCCGCUGCUUUAUGACCUAUCCAAAGACCCAACAGAAAGCACCCCCCUGAGUCCCGACACCGAGCCUCAGUUCCACUCAGUUCUAGAGGUCAUAAGAGCCGCAGUAAGCCGUCAUACACAGAGCCUGAAACCUGUCCCAGUGCAGGUCUCUCCUCUGAAAAUAGUGUGGAAGCCUUGGCUCCAGCCCUGCUGUUCUUCUCUCAGUCAGCUGUGCAGGUGUGAACGAGAUCAUCAGAUAGAGAAGGUACAGGACGGGCUUCAAAAAGAAUAGUCUGCUGCUCAGAAUCAUAAGGGCAUGUAAUACGUAAAGGAAUAGUUCCCUCAAAGCUGAAAAAUUCUUUCAUCAUUUUCAAACCUUUCAAAUGUUGUUUUAAAACUUUUUCUUCUGUGGAACAUAAAAAAUAUAAAAAUACUAUGAAGAAUGUUAAUAAUAAUCUGAUGGUUUUGGUGAUCAUUGGCAUGUUCCAAGAAGAAAAACAAACAAACAAACAAUGCAUUGUAGGGCUGCACGAUUCUGGCUAAAAUGAGAAUCACAUUUUUUUUUUUUUUUACUUAAAAUCAAGUGCACACUAUUCCCACGAUUCUGUAGAUGAUAAAUAAAGGCUAAUUUGAGUAGGCUAUUAUUAUUGUUAUUCACAAAAAUAUGGUAAAACAACAAUAAUAAUAUUAGGCCUAUGUGUAAGUCUACUGUUGGUUAAAUUGCGAAAUUUUAAAUGAACUUUAAAUGGUGGACUUGAACAGAUUUUUAAUUUAUCGUGGUUUGUAUGCACAGUAAAGUGAUGGCAUCAGAAUACAACUAUUCAUAAUUAUUAAGUUCAAUUAUUUUGUUUGAGACAUAUG